AUGUUGGGUAACAUAGAGAAGCUAGACCCACAAUGUGGAGAUCCUAGCCCCGCGAAAAAAGAUGUUUCCGAUCUGGUUUCAGAUGCCCGGAAGGCAAGAAAAGCUGUUUUUAGACGUACAAUUGAUUACAAUGCCUCUGCCAUCAACUACCUUCAAAACAGAAUUUGGAUUUCGAGGGAUUCAGAUCGUCCAAUGCUCCAGCCAGACUACCUUUGGAGUCCAAAGCUUUGUCCUCCGAGGAGCUAUAUGGAUUCCCCAAUGAAUUGUGUCAUGUCAAAACCUGUUCGAACAUCAACUAAUAAAAAUAAGUGUCCGAUAUAUUGCGUCUGUUGGACUCCUGAAGGUAGGCGGUUAAUAACUGGGGCUUUCAGUGGUGAAUUCACAUUAUGGAAUGGCUUGACAUUUAAUUUCGAAACAAUCUUACAAGCCCAUGAAUCACAAAUACGUUGUAUGAAAUGGUCCCACAACGAGGAAUGGUUACUCACAGCCGAUCAUUCUGGAUAUGUAAAGUAUUGGCAAGCUAAUAUGAACAACGUUGAGAUGUACCAAGCACACAAAGAACCGAUUCGUGGCGUAAGUUUCUGCCCGUUCGACAAUAAAUUCGUUACCUGCAGUGAUGAUUCUACUGUGCGUGUUUGGGAUUUUCAUCGUUGUGCUGAAGAGCGUGUGCUCCGAGGUCAUGGAUCUGAUGUUCGUAGUGUAGCAUGGCAUCCUAUUCAAUCUCUUGUUAUAUCCGGUAGUAAAGAUGCACAACAGCCUAUAAAAUUAUGGGAUCCUAAAACCGGUGAACCUGUAUCUACAUUGUAUGCACAUAAAAACACUUGUACAGAUGUUUCUUGGAAUGAUAAUGGCAAUUGGUUUUUAACAGCAUCUAGAGAUCAUUUAAUCAAAUUGUUUGAUUUACGCAAUCUUAAAACAGAGUUACAAACAUUUCGUGGUCAUAAACGUGAUGUAAUGCGUGUUGCAUGGCAUCCAUUCCAUGAAUGUUUAUUUGCAAGUGGUAGUGCUGAUGGAGCUAUAUUUUAUUGGCUUGCUGGAAUGGAUACAGAACUUGGAGCUGUAGACAAUGCUCAUGAAAGUAUGAUUUGGAGUCUUGCAUGGCAUCCAUUCGGUCAUAUUUUAGUGUCUGGAGCUAAUGAUUUUGCUACAAAAUUCUGGACACGCAAUCGACCUGGUGAUGUACUUAAAGACCCAAUUAGUGCAGUUGGUUCAGAAAAUAUUAUUCAGUCGACUGGUACAACUAAUUUGUUUGGAGAAACAGAAGUUAUUGACAAUUCAUUUAAUAUUGAUUUACUUAAAGUGCUUGCAGAUGCACCAAAUCUAUCAUCAAACUCCACCAAUCGAAUAGAUACACUUGAUGAUGUUGCAUUUUCUACUAUACCGAAUGAUGAAUUGAAUUCAAUUGAAAUACCUGGACUUAAUGAAGGCCCAGUAACAGAUUUAAAUGUUCCUGAUACUGAUGAUGCCGAUGAACGUGAUAAAAAUAAACUACGUAAUAUUAGGACUAUACCUAAAGAAUUUGCUGCUUACUGGGCGAGUACAAGAGUUACAACAGCAAUGCCAAGUGUAGUGAUGCCUACACCGAAUCCAACAGCACUAGCCGCAGCUGCGGUGGCAGUUGCUGCUGUUAACAGUCUGAACGCUACACCCCAGUACUUACCACCUGUUAAACCUCCAGCUUUAAAUAAAGAACGAUUAAAUCAAAAGUCUGUACCAAUAAAUAAUUCUGCAAAAACAACAGAACUAGAUGCAGACAUGGAAAAAAGUAGUUCUAAUGAUCCUCCAAAGAACCAAAUACAACUACUUGACGAACAACAACAACAGCAGCAGCAACCUGCGAAUGAGAUGAUGAUCAAUGGUACUCCAAAUCAUCAUCAACACGAUCAGUCACGUUUCUCGGAUUCACUACCGCCUAAAAGUAUGGAGCAAAUUCCACCUCUCCCAGAAAAAAAUGUAGAUAUGAGAAGUAACUUGAAUCCACCAGUUGAUUGGAAUCAGCGAACUGAAGAACCCCGCAGCUGA